AUGGCGGAGGUUAGAUCACCAGUUGCGUUAGAUACAGAGUGUUUCUGUCCAAGUAACGAAAGAUGGGGAUAUAUCGGAAAUGAUCAUCGUCGUGAAAGUGCUAUCAUUUUAUAUGAUCCUAUUCAAAGCUUAUUGCGAGCCGAUGAAAUAGAGAUUGGCAGGGAAAGGUACCAUAUUUAUUGCCAACCUCUUGAUAUAGUUGGCAUUAAAGCGACAACUUUCUUUAUAGUGGUAAUAUCUCGAGGUACAAGAAGGGGGAUGUUUAAUUCAGCUACACUUAUGAAACAAAUGCAAGCAAUGCAACAAGCUGAAAGGGGGAGUAUGAACAAAAGUAUUGUUUUUGCAAGUGCUAACCACGACAUUCGUAGUGCUCUUGCAACAAUUGUUGGUCUCAUCGAGUUCUGUCUUACCGAGGUUUCUCCUAACUCCAACUUGGAUCUUCACUGGAUCUUCUUGAUGAUCGAAGUUAUGUAUUAUGAUUGUGAAAUGAAAUAUACCGUCAGUUUCUUGACAAACUGUGUAAUAACUUUAAUCCUUUUUGUUGGGUGUGAACGCAUUUCAGAAUUACUAAAUCCAGUUCUUGAUACAAGUAGAAUUAAAGCCAGUAAGAUGCAACUACACGAAGAAGUUUUCGAUCAAAGUAAUCGAGGAAGCAGUGAACUUCAUAUAUCCAAGGGGGUUGGAAAAAUGAAUAGAUGUCGUGCUGACCAUUGUGAUAGUUCAGUUCUCAAAUCUCCGCUCGUCAAAGGUGAUCGUGGAAAACUCAAACACGUUCUCACUAACUUGUUAAGUAACGCAUUGAAGUUUAAAUCUGAAGUACAUGUCGUCUUAUAUGCUUGGGAAAGAAAACCAAAUCCCGACACUUCACUGCUUUCACCAAAAUAUAAUGGUAUCUGGAAACGUAUAUCACAUUUAGUUUACAAUAACACUGGACAAGAUUAUAACGAGACACUCCAUACGUUUGAAUGUAAUGAAAACUCUUUGGAAUUAGUAGAUGAGGUAAACCACACUGGAAAAGGGAUACCAAAAGAGAAAAGAGAUUCUAUUUUUGAGAACUUUGUUCAAGUUAAGGAAACAACGCUUGGACAAGGUGGUACUAGGUUAGGUCUUGGAAUUGUGCAAUCAUUAGUGCGUCUUGUGGGAGGAGAGAUAAGCAUUCUUGAUAAAGAAAUUAACGAGAAAGGAACUUGUUUAAGCUUCAACAUUUUUCUUUUCCAAUCGUAA